GAUAAGUAAACGUCGACAAUGAUUUACAUUCGAUUAGAUAAUUCGAGUUUUCGAAGUAAUUUCGCUAACACGCAGUUUUGGAUAGAAUUGUCGAGUGGCAGUUUAGUGUUCAAUACUUAUUACUGUGUGCUAGUGCGGGACAUUUUGGAUACUCAACGUAAUAAGUAAAAAGUAAUAUAAAGUGAUUAUUUACCGUAGUGUGAAGAUCGUUUGCUAAAUGAGUGAUGUGUGUCAACACCAGAAAAAGAGGCAGCCGAUUCGGCGGAUGAGAUCUAUUUAUCAGGUGCACUACGGUCUGCGGCCCCGCGACGACGAGAUGACAGCACGGCCGCUGGUGCUGCCCACGGAGUCCCCGGAGGUGCACAGGUAUGCGCUGCAGGUCGCCGGACACCAGACCACCAAGGAUACCAAGUAUCUAGGUCUUCUACAAUGCAGCAACGGCAGGAUACUAAAGCCGAUAUUAAAAGAAUCUCAGAAACGAGAAGUGGAAUUCUACGAGCGUCUGGCGACCACUAAUGACCCCGAUUUAGCUGAGCUACGUAAGUUCACGCCGCAGUACUACGGGGUGCGCCAGUUCACAUACAAUGGACACGAGCUGGAGUAUAUCAUGUUAGAGGAUCUGACUGAGAGGAUGUUGGAGCCUUGCAUCAUGGAUAUAAAGAUCGGUAAGCGGACAUGGGAUCCGUUUGCGAGCGCGGAGAAGAUCGCGAGCGAGGAGAGCAAGUACCGGCGCUGCAAGCAGGAGUACUGCUUCUGUAUCCCGGGAUACCAGGUGUACCGCCUGGACCGCGGGGACCUGCACAAGUAUGGCAAGGACCACGGCAAGAAGCUGCACGGACAUAUGGUCCUCGCCGCUAUCCGCAACUACCUGAACGCGGGCGGCGUGGGGGGAGGUGUGGGUGGUGUGGGGGUUGUGUCAGAGGGUGGCGGUGGCGGGGCCGCAUGCCGCGCGCUGCUGCUGCAGCAGCUGGCGGCGCUAUGGGCGCUGCAGCGCUGGGCGGCGCGCGCGCGCACGCUGCGCCUCGCCGCCGCCUCGCUGCUGCUGGUGUACGACGCCUCGCGGCUGAGGACUUGCUGCACGCAGAAUCGUUCCUCCUACAAGCCGAUAACGCGUCGCAAGUCCAUCCAUUCCACCGACAGCCCCACCGCGGGCUCCAACUUCAGCGGCCAGUUGGGGGCGCGCGGCCCGCUCUACCGCAAACUCAACUCUGUACCCCUCAGCCCCAUGGCGCUCGCUAGAAACUACUUCACACCCCCACCCCCCAUCACCUCCCCCUGGUCCGAAGCCUUAGAACGACUCAAUCAUAAUCAUUCCUUCGAACAUAAUUAUGAAAAUAAACUGUCAAAAAUUAAAAUGAAUUAUCGUGCUACUUUAGAUCAAUUGUGUAGUGAGAUGCCCUUCCCCAACCCUUGGGGUACAGUCAAAUUAAUAGAUUUCGCUCACGCGUACUUCGAUGAUGAGAAUAAAAUAGAUUACAAUUUCAAAGAAGGUAUCGACAGUUUGGUUCAGAUCUUCGAAAUGUUGCUCCAGGAGACAGAUGAUCAGGUUUUCUGACGGAUUUGUGUUUUAAUAUGAGUAAAAUACAAAACCCCGUAAAUAAAUUAGCGUUUAUACCUGUAAAGGGGUUAACACUGACAUCUAAUAAUGGAUAGUUCGUUGAAAAUGAGAUUUCGCUUCAUUCCGAUAAUUUAAGUGUUAUUAAUUCGAAUUCUCACCACGACCAUCAGAGACCGCAUUCGCUAAAAUGGCGAUAAUUCAAUAGGAACAAAAUACCACGUCUAACCUAUCAAUUUAAUGGACGUCAGUGGUUUUAUGUUAAGACAGAAUUACAUGGUACUUGAAAAUGUUACUAGUUUUUAAAAAUUGAGUUAAUUUGACAUAAUAUAAUUAUGCCAAUUUAUUAUAAUUUAUGUAUAUUUGUUAAUUUAUAAUCUGCCUAAUUUCUUUGUUAACACAAACAGUAUAUUAACAUAUAUAAGAUGAAAUUGUAGUUUUUUUUAAAUAAAAGACAUUUUCGCUUUCGCA